GGACUCAGUUGCUCGCCAACUAUCGUGUUGGAAGGUUGUGUAGUUAGCAGCCCGCUCGGAGGAGUAGUCUUUGUGGCUUUUUUAGGUUUUGAACUGCAACGUUCAAAGAAGCGUCAAUAGAUACGAAGAAUUUUUGUCGAUGUUUACAUUAUGUCUGGAGUAAUGCUGUCGUUGUAUUGAAAUACUGUACCAUGAAUUGUAAUAAACAAUUUUUACUUGAAUUUACGCGUUGCGUAUUAUGAAAAUAAUGCGACAUAAGCUCUGAGGUAAACUAGUAAACUACUCUGACCACAGACACAAGUCUACCGUAAUCUUGAGUAACUAUUUUAAUGGUUCAAAGGAAUGUAGAACCUUAGUAAAUUAUACAAAUUUCAUAAUGUGUAACAAGCUUUUCUUUCAUACAUAUAUUCAGGUACAUUAUACGACAAAUACAAAUAUAUGAAGAACAGUAGUCUGUACGACUGCACACUUGAUAAUUACUAGUAUAACAGCGAACUAGAGAUAAGAUAUUACAGUAUAUGUAAUUACAUUUUCCGUAUUGGAGAUAAAGUUGUGUUUUUUUCGCCUGGUUGCCCAGGAUAGCAAGUGGCUUAGUUUUCACCGUCGUCCAGCACCAGAUGUUUGAAGAUAAUGACAAAAAUCAUGUCCAAUCGUGAUAUUAAAGAUUAUUGUGUUGAUAUUCUCACACGCGGAGGCUGUUUAAUUAAGAACUAAGCAAUCAGGGAAAAAUCCCCCACACAGCGAAAGGGUCUGAAACUAUGAAUCCAUUCAUGGCUCUUUAAAGUCCCUGUAGCCAAUCAAGUGACACAAGAAGAUAAUAUUUAUAACCCAAUUGUGGGUUUUACAAAUCGGUUAAAAUAUGAUGAUGCUACUAAAACCAAGAUAAACCAAUCUAGAACCAACACUGUUUCCUCAACAGUACUCGAACUGAGGACUAUUGCAUUGCUUGCCUAGCAAUUGAUAGCAAACUGAACUCCGCGACUUCUUACAUACUUUAAUUAUUCUCAAAGCAAGGCGGAAACAACAGGUGUCGUUUCCAACAAGAGGAACCAACAUGAGAAUGGUCGGGGUCACACUAAUGCUCACAGGCUUGGCGGCCACCACGCAAGUAUGGAGCCAGUCGUCGCAGUUGCCGACUCCAGGGAGCCUCAUAUGCUACUCUUGCAAGCUUGACUUCCGCAAGAGAGAGUACCAGUGGGACCACCCGUGCCUUGGCCACCACAAUAACCACACAGUCAGUGAUGAUUACCUUGUCCACUGUGGUAGAACUGACACUCUCUGUAGGGUUGAGAGAACCGAGGUGAACGGCAUAUUGACUAUGUUGAAGCGGGAGUGUACGAACAUAUGCUACGAGAGCUGCCGACCCAAGGGCUUUGGUAUCAACUACGAGUUAUGUGUUCAGUGCUGCGACAAGAAUGGUUGUAACUCCAUGUACCCACAAAGCGGCGUCCCGCCCCAUAUACCGUCCUCUUCAUGGAUUCCCAUAGUGAUAGGUUGCUGGGUUGUAACCCCAACUCUCUUCAUGUAGAGGUGUCAUUCCCACCAAGACUGGACUCUUAGUUUUCUUACAAGCUUUAAAGGAUAUUCCUAUAAUUGUAUUUCCGACUUAUAAUUGUAUAUGUAUAUACUUAUAUUUUCGCGCAUAACUGUAUUUCCUUUUGGCUGUAUAAGACAUAGUCAAUUAUAGAUUUGUUUUGGGAUUACAUCAGAUAGCCUCAAUUUAGAAUGAUAUUGUUUCACUAUUAUGUUAUGUACUUCUUUCCCCCAAUAAUAACUAAGCCUUAAAGUAAAUAAAAUUUAGCCUACUACCUUUUAUUCCAAAUAUUAAAGCGUUGUCUAUGUUGAUAGGUUAUCAUAUAUUUCACUGUCUCGAAACAGCUGGAUUUGUUCGUACUAAAGGUGCUCUUAAGUCCUUACUAUACUAUCAUGUUCCACAACCUAGUGUGAUGUUAGCCGUACCGAGUCAAUGUAAUUGUAUUUGUAACGUGUUUUUUGGGAACAAAAGUUCAUGUUUGUAGCUUAUUAAUGUCAUGUAGUUUCCUUACUAAGAGUUGCUACUGAGAUCCAGCUCAAAGCACCCACAUGCAGUACAGUGGAAUUUGUAUAAAUAAUCUAUUCUUUCGGCGCUAACGGUCCUUUACACUAAUUAUAUAUAUAUAUAUAUAUAUAUAUAUAUAUAUAUAUAUAUAUAUAUAUAUAUAUAUAUAUAUAUAUAUUUGAGUUUGCAGUAUGAAGUUCUCGCGUAAAUUGAGAAAAAAUAUCUUUAAUUAUAGGUUAUUCAUACAAGGCCACGGCUGAUAGUAAGAUAAUGAGAAGAAAUUAUAAUAAAAGUUUAUGAAAUAAAAGCGAACUUAUAUUUCGCUUAGUAUGUUUAUACUUUCGCAAAUGUUUCUUAUUGUCAAUGUGCCUGAACACAGUAUGAACACCGGUCUAAUAAAAAACCGGUUUA